UGUGUUUCUUUCUCGCCAUCGACCCACUAUUGUGCGUCGACCUCUCUUCACCACUACGACUCUCCCUAGGCUCGCUAUCUCUCAUUCCCUCUCUCGCGCGCUCUUCUCCCUUCCCUCUCCCUCUUCGCCUCCUCCCAACCUCGUCUCUCACUGAAUUUUGCCGGCCAGCGCGCUCCGGCUCUCUCACGACGCACGGCACGACCGUGUUGACGACUGCAGGAGGUCGAUUGACGGUCGUCUGAGGGCUACUCUUAUCUUUCUUUACGAAUCGGAGCAGUCCCGUAGAGCUUCUCUUGGCAGCGGCGUCCUCAUUUAACGACGACGACGACGACGAGGGCGACGACGUCGAGAUAAAAGCAAAAGCCGCAGCUUGGUCAAGGCGACGACUGGUUGCCCCACUAUGGCCUCACCCGGCGGCUACGGAGGCCACGGGCCUCCACCUUCAGGCGGCCACGGCGGCGGUGCCGUGCCCCCGACAAACCCCUUUGCCGGCUUCCACGACGAGGCGGCGAGCGAGUCGAGCUACCGGAGGGACACGUUUGCAUCAGAGGGGAGCGCCGCCGACCUUAUCCCUGGUCACGGCUACAACGACGGCGACUCGUUUGAAGGUGGCUACAACAAGGAAGCAUACGCAUACAGCCAGGAAUCCGGCGGCCCUGGUGGCCGGGGAGGGCCACCGCCGAUGAUGGCCGGCAGCCAGAUGAGCAGCCACGGUGGGGGCAGCGGCAACGGCGGCAUGGGCGCGGGUGGCUACGGUGCUGCCAGCUAUGCGCCCUCGGGCAUCUCCAGCCCCUAUACCGACUACCCGGGCCAGGGCUACCGGCAGCGAGAACCGUACCCGGCCUGGACGGCUGAGCACCAGAUCCCGCUGGCAAAGGAGGAGAUCGAGGACAUCUUCAUCGACCUCGCCAACAAGUUUGGCUUCCAGCGCGACAGCAUGCGCAACAUGUACGACCACCUCAUGAUCCUCCUCGACUCGCGCUCCUCGCGCAUGUCGCCCACCCAGGCCCUCCUCACGCUCCACGCCGACUACAUUGGCGGCGAGCAUGCCAAUUACCGCAAGUGGUACUUUGCUGCCCAGCUCGACCUCGACGACGCCAUUGGCAAGGCCCAGAACCCGGGCCUCGCGCGGGCCGCCAGUCUUGGUGGCAAAAAGACGGGCGCCGCAGCGGCGGCGGCCGCCAAGCUCAACGCCAGCGCAAAGUCGCUCGAGUCGGCCGCCACACGGUGGCGCGAGGCCAUGAACCGGAUGAGCGACUACGACCGGCUGCGCCAGAUUGCCCUCUACCUCCUCUGCUGGGGCGAGGGCGGCCAGGUGCGCUUCGUGCCCGAGUGCCUCUGCUUCAUCUUCAAGUGCGCAGACGACUACUACCGCUCGCCCGAGUGCCAGAACCGCAUGGAGCCCGUGCCCGAGGGCUUGUAUCUGCGUGCCGUCGUCAAGCCCCUCUACCGGUUCUUGCGCGACCAGGUCUUUGAGGUUGUCGACGGCAAGUUUGUCAAGAAGGAAAAGGACCACGACAAGAUCAUCGGCUACGACGACGUCAACCAGCUCUUCUGGUACCCUGAGGGCAUUGGCAGAAUCGUGCUCAACGACAAGACGAGGCUCGUCGAUGUGCCGGCCAACCAGCGCUUCAUGAAGUUUGACAAGAUCGACUGGAACCGUGUCUUCUUCAAGACGUACAAGGAGAAGCGCAGCUUCGCCCACGUCCUCGUCAACUUCAACCGCAUCUGGAUCCUGCACAUCUCCGUCUUCUGGUACUACACCGCAUUCAACGCACCCAUGAUCUACGAGCAGACCAAGAACCCCUCGACGGCACAGCUCCUGUCGGCCUCUGCGCUCGGCGGUGCCGUUUCGACGGUUCUCAUGAUUCUCGCCACCAUUGCCGAGUUCUCCUACAUCCCCACGACAUGGAACAACACGAGCCACCUGAUGCGGCGCAUGAUCUUCCUCCUCAUCUGCCUCGGUGUCACCGUCGCACCCGCCGUCUACAUCCACGGCUUCAACAAGGAGGGCACCGUCGCAAAUAUUGUCUCAUACUGCCACAUUGGCGCCGCCGGCUGCAUCACUGCUCUCUUCUCCCUCGUUCCCUCGGGCAGGAUGUUUGGUGAUCGCGUCGCAGGCAAGGCGCGCAAGUACCUCGCCAACCAGACUUUUACCGCCAGCUACGCACCCCUGCAGGCCAGCCACCGCUUCGUCAGCUGCCUGCUCUGGUGCCUCAUCUUUGGCUGCAAGCUCACCGAAAGCUACUUCUUCCUCACCCUCUCCUUCCGUGACCCGCUGGCGGUCAUGAUCACGAUGAAGGUGCAGGCGUGCAGCGACAAGUACUUUGGUGCGGGUCUUUGCGCCAACCAGCCCGCGUUUGCGCUGACGGCCAUGACGAUUAUGGAUCUCUGCCUCUUCUUUCUCGACACCUUCCUCUGGUACGUCAUCUGGAACUCCGUCUUCAGCAUUGCGUGGUCCUUCUCCAUGGGCCUCUCAAUCUGGACGCCCUGGUCCGAUAUCUUCCAGCGCCUGCCCAAGCGCAUCUACGCCAAGCUUUUGGCCACGGCCGACAUGGAGAUCAAGUACAAGCCCAAGGUGCUCGUCUCCCAGGUCUGGAACGCCAUCAUCAUCUCCAUGUACCGCGAGCACCUCCUCUCCAUCGACCACGUGCAGAAGCUCCUCUACCACCAGGUACCCUCGGGCGACGAGGGCAAGCGCACGCUCCGUGCGCCCAUGUUCUUCAUCAGCCAGACGGACAAGGGCGUCAAGUCCGAGUUCUUCCCCAAGGGUUCCGAGGCCGAGCGCCGCAUCAGCUUCUUUGCCCAGUCGCUCACCACGACGCUGCCGGAGCCGCUGCCCAUCGACGCGAUGCCCACCUUCACCGUCCUGACGCCCCACUACAGCGAGAAGAUUCUCCUUUCGCUCCGUGAGAUUAUCCGCGAAGAGGACCAGAACACGCGCGUGACGCUGCUCGAGUACCUCAAGCAGCUCCACCCCAUUGAGUGGGACAACUUCGUCAAGGACACCAAGAUUCUCGCCGAGGAGACGAGCGGCCUCGCCGGCUCGUCGCCCUUUGGCGCCGGCGAUGGCAGCGACGAAAAGUCGGGGACGAAGGGAAGCAGCACAAAGACGGACGACCUGCCAUUCUACUGCAUUGGUUUCAAGUCGGCUGCGCCAGAGUACACGCUCCGGACGAGAAUCUGGUCCUCGCUGCGUGCCCAGACGCUGUACCGCACCGUGUCGGGCUUCAUGAACUACGCCAAGGCGAUCAAGCUCCUCUACCGCGUCGAGAACCCCGAGGUGGUGCAGCUGUUUGGCGGCAACACGGAGAAGCUGGAGCGGGAGCUGGAGCGCAUGAGCCGCCGCAAGUUCAAGUUUGUCAUUUCCAUGCAGCGCUACUCCAAGUUCAACAAGGAGGAGCACGAAAACACCGAGUUCCUGCUGCGCGCCUACCCAGACCUCCAGAUUGCCUACCUUGACGAAGAGGCGCCCCGCAAGGAUGGCGGCGAGUCUCGAUGGUUCUCGGCCCUCGUCGACGGCCACUCGGAGAUUCUGCCCAACGGCAAGCGGAGGCCCAAAUUCCGCAUCGAGCUGCCCGGCAACCCGAUUCUGGGUGACGGCAAGUCCGACAACCAGAACCACGCCAUCGUCUUCCACCGUGGCGAGUACGUGCAGCUGAUCGACGCCAACCAGGACAACUACCUCGAAGAAUGCCUCAAGAUCCGCUCCGUCCUCGGCGAGUUCGAGUCCUUCAACGUCUCGAACCAGAACCCGUACGGCUCGGGCCACCGUGAGCACGCCAAGAGCCCCGUGGCCAUUCUCGGUGCGCGCGAGUACAUUUUCUCGGAGAACAUUGGUAUUCUUGGUGACGUUGCUGCCGGCAAGGAGCAGACAUUCGGUACCCUCGCCGGUCGUGGUCUUGCCCAGAUUGGCGGCAAGCUGCACUAUGGUCACCCCGAUUUCCUCAAUGCUCUCUUCAUGACGACGCGCGGUGGUGUCUCCAAGGCACAAAAGGGUCUCCAUCUCAACGAGGACAUCUACGCCGGUAUGAACGCUUUCGGACGUGGUGGACGCAUCAAGCACUGCGAGUACUACCAGUGUGGCAAGGGCCGUGACUUGGGCUUUGGCACGAUUCUCAACUUCACCACGAAGCUCGGCAACGGUAUGGGCGAGCAGAUGCUCUCGCGAGAGUACUACUACCUCGGCACCCAGCUGCCCAUCGAUCGCUUCCUCACCUUCUACUACGGCCACCCGGGUUUCAACAUCAACAACAUCCUCGUCAUCAUGUCCGUCCAGAUGUUCAUGCUCGCCAUGGUCUUCAUCGGCACCCUCAACGCCGAGCUGAGCAUCUGCGAGUCGACAAACUCCGAGUACCAGGUCGGCACUGGCGGCUGCUACUACCUCCAGCCCGUGUUUGAGUGGAUCAAGCGGACGAUUAUCUCCAUCUUCCUCGUCUUCAUGAUUGCUUUCCUGCCCCUCUUCCUCCAGGAGCUCUCGGAGCGCGGCGCGCUUUCGGCCAUCGUCCGUCUGUCCAAGCACUUCUUGUCCCUCAGCCCCGUCUUUGAGGUCUUCUCGACGCAAAUCUCGAGCCACUCGAUCAUCAGCAACAUGACUUUUGGUGGUGCGCGCUACAUUGCCACGGGACGAGGUUUUGCCACGACGAGGCAGAGCUUUGCGCUCCUCUACUCGCGUUUCGCCGGGCCGUCCAUCUACUCGGGCAUGCGCCUGCUCCUGCUGCUCCUCUACGUCACCCUCACGCUCUGGAUCCCGCACCUGAUCUACUUCUGGGUCUCGAUCCUGGCCCUGUGCAUUGCGCCCUUCCUCUUCAACCCGCACCAGUUCUCCAUCAGCGACUUUAUCAUCGACUACCGCGAAUUCCUCCGCUGGAUGUCGCGCGGCAACAGUCGCAGCCAUGCCAACUCGUGGAUCGGCUACUGCCGUCUGAGCAGGACAAAGGUCACCGGUUACAAGAAGAAGCGCCUGGGCCACCCCAGCGAGAAGCUGGCCGGAGACGUUCCGAGGGCCAGCUGGCGUACGAUCAUCUUUGCAGAGUGCCUCGGGCCUUUCAUCAUGGCCGUCAUCUUUGUCGUUGCCUACGCCUUCGUCAAGAGCUUCCACAACCGUGGUGACCCGCCGAUGGGCGCCAUUGCCAGGAUCGCAAUCAUUGCCCUGGGUCCCAUCGUCUGGAAUGCCGCCGUGCUCCUGAUCCUCUUCAUGAUCAGCAUGUUCCUCGGGCCGGCCCUCAACAACUGCUGCGCCAAGUUCGGAUCGGUCAUGGCCGCCAUUGCCCACAUCCUCGCCGUCGUGGGCAUCAUUGUCGCCUUUGAGUUUCUCUGGUUCCUCGAGCUGUGGAACGCGUCGCACGCCGUUCUGGGCAUCAUCGCCGUUGUUGCGAUUCAGCGCGCCAUCUUCAAGAUCUUGAUCUCGCUCGUCCUCUCGCGUGAGCUCAAGCACGACGAGACCAACCGAGCUUGGUGGACGGGACGAUGGUACGGCCGCGGUCUGGGUGGACACGCCUUCAGCCAGCCGGCACGAGAGUUUGUCGUCAAGAUCAUCGAGGCCUCGCUCUUCUCGGCCGACUUUGUCCAGGCCCACAUUCUCCUCUUUGGCCUCUCGCUGCCGCUCCUGAUUCCGUUCAUGAACAAGAUCCACUCGAUGAUGCUCUUCUGGCUCCGACCCUCGCGGCAGAUCCACGCGCCCAUCUACAGCCUGCGCGCGCGCAAGCAAAGGCGAAGCAUCGUCAUCCGCUACGGACUCUUGUUCGUUCUCGCAUUCGCCAUCUUUGUCUGCCUCAUUGCCGUUCCGGCCAUCCUCGGCUCGACGAUCAACGUCGACUGCGAGUUCUGCAAGACGCUUUAAUUCUCCACCAGGGCACUCUCUCUCGCACACACACAGUUGCUCGUCUGUCUCUCUUACGAACUUUUCUUUCUCUCGCCUCCCUGUAUCUCUUUUUUGUCUCUUUGGAAAACAGACACACACACACACUCAUACACAACACACACAAGACACUCUCUUCAGCACAAUCACACCCUCCCAAAACAAUAACCGUAGACCUCCCUCUCUUUUCUUCACGCCGCAUUUUCUCCCUCUUCUCGCCUGUGUCUCUCUUUCCUAG